UCACUCUCCACCAAACAAACAGCACAAAGUGGAAAAGCUUUCCUUCUCAAUAGAAAAUAAGAAAAAAAAAUUAAAGCACAAAAUUUCCUUUCCAAAUUCUUUCCCGGAAAAUGUGCGAACCAGAGGAAGACAAAUCAUGUCCUUUCCCGCCAAAACAACGGCAGGGGAAUAUGGAUAUGGAAGAUGCUCUCAAUCUCGACAACUCCUGGCCGUUGGAUCGACUUCCUUUUGUUUCCAACCCUUCCUCUCCUUUCAACAUAUCUCCUUCUGAGCAGCCGUUUUCUCCUCUCUGGACUUUCUCUGACGAAGAUAAUAAGCUCGGGUCUGCCGCCGGUUACAAUCUUUUUCUCACGUAUGCAGGCAAUUCCAAUUCACUGAAUGAAAUUCCUAAAGAAUAUGAUGAUAAUAAUGGAGGGGUAUCUUCUCCGUUUUUGGGAAAGCUGCCACUUGAGAACCCGGAUAGUUAUUGUGUGAUGAAAGAAAGGAUGACUCAGGCACUUCGUUACUUCAAAGAAUCGACUCAACAACAUGUUCUGGCACAGGUCUGGGCACCUGUAAAGAGUGGUGAUCGGUAUGUUCUAACGACUUCGGGCCAGCCAUUUGUUCUCGAUCCACAUAGCAAUGGAUUACAUAAGUAUCGGAUGGUUUCUUUGGCGUACGUGUUUUCUGUGGAUGGAGAGAGUGAUAAGCAGCUUGGGCUUCCCGGUCGUGUUUUCCUGCAGAAAUUGCCGGAAUGGACUCCGAAUGUGCAGUAUUAUUCAAGCAAGGAGUACUCGCGGCUUGGUCAUGCUUUGCAAUUCAAUGUUCAGGGAACCUUGGCACUGCCAGUGUUUGAACCUUCAAUACAGUCUUGUGUUGGUGUACUUGAACUCAUAAUGACUUCACAGAAGAUUAACUAUGCACCUGAUGUUGAUAAAGUGUGCAAAGCCCUUCAGGCAGUGAAUCUUAAAAGUUCAGAUAUAUUGGAUCAUCCGACUAGCCAGCCCCAGAUUUGCAAUAAAAGUCGCCAAAAUGCACUGGCUGAAAUUUUGGAGAUUUUGACAGUUGUCUGUGAAGACCAUAAACUACCUUUGUCUCAAACGUGGGUUCCUUGCCAGCAUCGUAGUGUUUUGGCCUAUGGUGGCGGUCAAAAGAAAAGCUGUACAAGCUUCGAUGGUAGCUGCAUGGGACAAGUCUGUAUGUCAACAACUGAUUUGGCAUUCUAUAUUGUAGAUGCUCACACAUGGGGUUUCCGGGAGGCUUGUCUUGAGCAUCACCUACAAAAGGGCCAGGGAGUUGCAGGUCGGGCAUUUUUAUCCCACACCUUGUGCUUUUGUGCCGACAUUACCCAAUUUUGCAAAACUGAGUAUCCCUUAGUACACUAUGCUCGGAUGUUCGGAUUAGCUGGCUGUUUUGCAAUCUGUUUACGGAGUACUUAUACCGGAGAUGAUGAUUAUGUUCUAGAAUUUUUUUUGCCCUCUGCCAUUGUUGACAGCAAUGAGCAACAUACUUUGUUGGGCUCCAUAUUGGCAACAAUGAAGCAGCAUUUCCGAAGUCUCAAGGUUGCUUCUGGAGCCAAACUUGAAGAGGAUGAAGGAUUUAUCCAAAUCAUUGAAGCUUCUUCAGAUGGAAGGUUUGAUACCAUACUUGAAUCCGUUCCAAUCCCUCUAUCUGUGAAAUCACCACCUGGUAUUAACACUUCACCCGAUAGGGAACUAGAACUAGAUUUGUCGCAACAGCAAUUAACCAUGAAUCUUGACCCUGCAACUACUGGAGGUAGCAUUGCUGCUAGUGGAUGUGACAAACCUCUUUGUCUCCUACAGAUUAAAGACGAAAAAAAGGAUAGGAAACGUGGAAAAACCGAAAAAACAAUUAGUCUGGAGGUGCUCCAACAGUAUUUUACUGGGAGUCUCAAAGAUGCUGCAAAGAGCCUUGGUGUUUGUCCUACCACAAUGAAGCGCAUCUGCAGGCAGCAUGGGAUCUCUCGAUGGCCAUCUCGUGGGAUCAAUAAAGUUAACCGUUCCCUGAGUACACUAAAAUAUGCUAUCGAAUCUGUCAAAGGUGCAGAUAGAGCAUUUGGUUUAGCUUCACUUGCUAGCAGUUCAGUCCCAGUUGCUGUUGGUUCUGUACCAUGGCCAACCAGUUUGAACGGUUCCAAUCAACAAAACUCACCAAACGCCAACCUGGUGUUUCAAGGAGAAAAGAGUGAUUUUCCUAUGUGUAGGACACUGGGAAGUAAUGGACAAGUGGAAGAAUUGUUGCUGAGAGCGAAGAUACCGAACCAAGAACUUUUCUAUCAGCAGAAUGGACUUUCACCGGACAUGGAUAAAGGGGGGAAAAUGCAAAGGUGUCAAAGAGAAGAGAGUUCAAUGAUGCCUACUUCUAAGGGUCCAUGCAUAGGUAACCCUGAAAUUGGAACUGCAGGUACUCCUAAUCCACUCAGUUCCAUCCACGAUCAAUGCUUUAAAGCACGCAACCAUCCUGAACAGGCCUUUCAACAUUUAAGGGAACCGAAUAUAUCAGCCACAUUCUCAAUGCCUGAAGCCCUUGUGGUUACAGAACGUCAAGAGCCCUUUGGAGGUUUACUAGUAGAGGGUGCCGGAAGUUCAAAAGACUUGAGAAACCUAUGCUCUUCGGCAGCAGAAGUCGGCGUAGAUGAGAUGACACCUCCAUAUUCCAAUCUAGCUCACAAGCAGUCCACAACUAGGCAGCAUAUGAAGAGUGUGACCAUUAAGGCUACUUACAGAGAAGAAAUAAUUAGAUUCCGGAUCUCCUUAAGUUCUGGUAUAAUGGAACUGAAAGAGGAAGUGGCCAAGAGGCUGAAAAUGGAGGUGGGUACUUUUGAUAUCAAGUAUUUAGAUGACGAUAAUGAAUGUGUUUUGAUAGCUUGCGAUUCCGACCUUCAGGAAUGUCUAGAUGUUUCAAGUUCAUCAGGCAGCAAUAUCGUUAGAAUGUAUGUUCAUGACACGAUGGCCAAUCUAGGGAGCUCCUGUGAGAGUACUGGGCAGUUAUGAUUAGGCUGUAAAUAUAAUUUAGAGUGUAAUUUGUAUAGUCCUAGAAUUCCACGUAAGUGAAAGUGCUGAUUUUGGUUCCAAGAGCUGUCUCAAGUUGUAAUAAACCUUUCUUUUAGCUAAUAAAACUCUCAAUUCUAGUCUCUGCUA